CCUCCAGCGCGCGGGGCUGGGUACGGCGCAGCAGGGGCGUCGUCGGGCAGCUCCGCGAUGUCCUCGUCGGGCAGCUACGGUGGAAGUGGUGGGGGCGGCUACCCCGCUCCAGCCCCAGGCUACGGCGGGUCCGGCGCCUCCUCCGGGUCCAGCAGCUCGGCGAUGUCUAACUCCGGAAGCUACGCCGCGGGCGGCGGCGGCGGUGCCUACGGCGCGCAGCCCGCCCCCGCCCCCAGUCCCGCCCGCGUGCCCGCGUACGGGGGCGCGCCUGCCGCCCCCGCCGGUGAUUACGGUGGUAGCAGCGGGGGCGGCUAUGCAGCGCCGCGCCCUGCACCUCCACCAGCUUACGGUGGCGCGGGCUCGUCCUCUGGCUCGAGCAGUUCGUCCUCAGCAUCGUCAGGCAGCUACAGUGGCGGUGGCGGCUACGCCCCCGCCCCCGCCCCCGCGCGAGUCCCGGCCAAGUCCCCCGGCUACGGCGGCAGCAGUGCCAACAGCGGCGCCUCGUCCUCGGCGGGCAGCCUCGGCCACGGCGGGGUGCAGCCCCCGCGCCGCGUCUACGGCGGCAACUCUGUGGGCGGCGCGACGCAUGGCCAGGUCAUCACCCUGCCGGGCGGCGGCCAGCGCCAGACCAUCACCAUCCCCGUCACCUUCACCACGCAGCCCAGGCCGCCCACCACGGGCCAGAUCACCAUCACGCCCAUGUACAGCGGCAGCCAGUCGGCGGCGCACUCCGCCAGCAAGAACACGAUCGUGGUGGUGGUGAAGGGCGUGCCGCAGCAAGGCGGCUCCUACAGCAUGGAGGGCCGGCCGACGCAGACCAUCGUGAUCCGCCCCGAGGGCGCCUCCUACGGUGGCAGCAACGCCGGCUCGGCCAGCAUGUCCGCGAGCCAGAGCUCGGCCGGGAGCUACGGCAGUGCGGGAGGGCGUCCAGGGUGCUCUGUCUGUGAGGGAAGCAGACCCCCUCCCCCACCACCGCCGUCGUAUGAACCACCGCCUCCGCCUCAUGGACCGCCCCCAGGGCCUCCCCCGUACGGACCGCCACCACCGCAUCAUGGACCUCCCCCAGGACCUCCCUCUUACGGCCCUCCACCGCCACCACCUCACGGACCUCCUCAUGGACCUCCUCAUGGGCCACCCCCAGGCCCUCCGCCUCCGGCUUACGAACCGCCACCGCCUCCUCCACCAUCCACGCCGUACUCGCCACCACCGGAAUACAGCCCUCCACCGCCACGGCAGCCAGAAGGCCCGCCGUCGUACGGAGGGUCCUCUUCGGGGUCCUCGUCGCAGUCGCAAAGCUCCUCCAGCGCGGGCAGCUACGGAGGAUCGUACUCGCCGGCCCCGCAGCCUGCAUACCAGCCGCCCCCCGCCGAGCCCGCUGUGCCCUUGCACGGUGAUGGCCAUUCCGGCGCCUACUCGUCCAGCUCGUCGUCGUCCCAGGCCUCCAGCUCGGCGGGGAGCUACGGUGGCUCUGGCGCUCCGCGACCGCCGUGCUCGACCUGCGGCAAGCCCGCGCCGCCCCCGACGUACGCCCCUGCACCACCCCCGACGUACGCCCCCGCGCCGCCCCCGACGUACGCCCCUGCACCACCCCCGACGUACGCCCCUGCUCCACCCCCAUCUUACGCGCCGCCCCCGACCUACGCUCCAGCUCCGCCCCCCACGUACGCCCCUGCACCACCCCCACCGCCGUCCUACGGAGGGUCGUCGUCUCAGAGCCAGGCCUCGUCGUCGGCCCAAAGCAGCGGUGGGUCGUACGCAGCCAACCCCAGCAGGCCCACGACGUGCUCGGUGUGUGGGAAACCAGUUCCGACAGUACCGGCCUACGCCCCCGCGCCGCCCCCCGCCUGCGCCGACCUACGCCCCCGCGCCGCCCCACCGCCAGCGCCAACGUACGCCCCGGCUCCACCACCAGCCCCAGCACCCACGUACGCGCCUGCGCCGCCCCCAGCCUAUGGUGGAUCCUCUUCGGGGUCGUCCUCGCAGAGCCAAGCGUCCUCCAGCGCACAAAGCGGCAGUGGCGGAUCCUACGGCAACCGGCCGUCCUACCCGCCGCCGCCGCCGCCCUCGGCUCCCGCUGCGCCGCACCGCCCCCCAGCCCCCGAUGCGGCUCCGUCGUACAGCGGCAGCGCCGCGCAGUCAUCCAGCCAGGCCAGCAGCUCGGCGGGUAGCUACGGCGGCGGCAGUGGCGGAUACCAACCCGCCCCACGUCCGCCCCCGCAGGACUACUCCCCCGCCCCCGCUGCCCCCAGCCCGACGUGCUCGGUUUGCCAGGGCGUGCGGCCGCAGCCGGACGACUACGCCCCGCCGCCGGCAGAGCCCUCGACGCCCCCUGCGACCCCGCUCUCGUACGGCGGCUCCUCCUCGAACGCCGCGAGCGGCUCGCAGGCCGGCAGCUCCUCGGGCAGCAACGGCGGGUACGCCCCGCCACCGCCGGCCACCCCGUCAGGCCCCUACGGCGGGGCGAACUCUGGAAGCCAGGCCGGAAGUAGUUCCCAGGCCGGAAGUGGUUCCAGUGGCUACUCUGGCGGUGCCUCCGCGCCGUACUCCAACAGCCCAGCGCCCUACUCGGGCGGUGGCGGCAGCGGCGCGCAGAGUCAGGCCAGCAGCAGCAGCUCGGCCAACAGUGUGGGCGGCGACUUCGUGUUUCCGGACGAGAUGCCGGCGAGGCCGUCAAUGCCGUACUCUAGUCCGGCGUACGGCGGCGGCGCGAUGUCCGCCGCGAACAGCGCCGCGCAGAGCAGCGCGUCCAGCUCGUCGGGGGCCCAGGGCGGCGGCGCCUACGCACCCACGGCCAACGAGGUGGUGCCUGCCCAGGGCGCCGCCAACAGUCAGGCGGCGGCCGCGUCCCAGGCCGGCAGCCAGGCCGGAGGUCACGGAGGUGGCCACGGAGCGGCGUCUUCAUCCUCCAGCUCGUCAAGCUCGUCCAGCUCCAGCUCUGGAAACGGAGGGUCCAGCUCCAGCUCCUCUUCCUCCAGCUCUAGCUCGAGUAGCUCGUUCGGGAAGUGAUCGGGGAGAAACAUCAAUACACGCGGUGUUGUGUGGAUGAAACAUGUGUUCCUAAAUGUUAAGGCGUGUAUUUAGAGCGGCCGUUCGAAACAUUGUAAGCAACUACUUUUCCCAGUGUAGAUCUCUCUACCCAAAGUCUGUGAUAAAAGGAAGUGGCAAAAUACUGUUUUAUUAUUUAUUCCUCUCAUUAUUCAAUAAAGAAACGGAUCAAGUAUA